GGCAAUUCCUUACUUUGGAUGAAAGUUAGAUCCUGUUCCACGGCUUCAUCUGGAGGAAAAAAACGGAGACUGAGACGAAAACGAAAGAAAGAUUUUGUGGGGAGGUGGUAGAAUCCAAUUUCGUUCUUAAAUAAAUUCGAGGUGCCAAGAGGGAGGAUGGGAAGAAGAAGGAGCGGCUGCAUUUCUCCGUCUGUGUUGACUUGCUCCUCGUCGACGCUGUCUGUCGUCCUCUGGAGCGUCGUUGUCCUCUUGGCGGUCAUCAUGUCUGAGCAGCCGGCGCAGCACCAAGCGGCGAGUUCUCCCACUCCGGAAGAGAAGCCGGCGGUUCACAUCGUCUACAUGGAGAGACCGCCGGAGGGGGAGGCCGCUGAGCCUGAGGCUUACCACCUCAGGACCCUCGCUUCGGUUCUUGGAAGUGAAGAGGCCGCGAAGGCUGCUCUUAUUUACAGCUACUCAACUGCCGCUAGCGGCUUCUCGGCGAAGCUCACCCCGGAACAAGUCGCGAAGCUCUCGAAGGAACCUGGAGUUCUUCAUGUGGCUCCGUGCAUGACACACAAGCUUCAUUCAGGAACUGGUGGUGCGCAUUGAUAUAUCCUUUCUACUGAAGACCACAUGUUCGUGUCUUCGUCACUGUGAAGAUCACCUAGAUUCUUGUCAUGAAACGUCUUAACUGUUCAUUUUUUGAAAGGUUAUCUGGAUUUCGUGAACUUUGUUUUACCGGCACUCACUGUACUCCAUUCCGUAAGUACCUAACUUUGUCUCAGGCUGUGAAGCCCUAGUGAGUGCAUCUUUUCAGCGAAUUGUAGUUAUGAUGUAUUCACUAGUAUAAUGCACGGACAGCGGCACAUUCGACUCAAAAGUGGAAUGUUUUUUUGUAAACAUAAGAUGCUGCAACACAGUUUUUGUUUA